ACUUUUACGCUCAAUUGUAUUUAUCAGUAUUUUUUAUAAUUUCUAAAAUGUUUGUAUGGUAGCUUUAAAAGAAGUACUGAUUAACAAGAAGAAGAAAAAGAAGAAAAGGAAACUAGAGGAAAAAAGACUUGAAACAAAAUGAAUAAAGAAGUAUUAAAUAUCGAAGGUGCAACUAAAAAAUCCCAAAGGGAAACUUUAACUCCUUAUAAAAUAGCAAUUGUUAUGUUUAUUAAUAUUUAUUGUGAUGAAAGUGUAAAAGUAAUUGUAGAACGGCGAGAUUUUUGCAUAGCUGCCUUAAAGUUAAUUCAGUCGCCAGAUAUGGAUUUGCGGCCGUUAUUUAAUUUUCUCUAUUCAUCUGAAUUUGUUCUUCAACAAUUUGCUCACAAUCUUGAAAAUGAAUUAAAAUUAUUGCGAGACAAUGGAGUUAUGGGACUUUUGGAUCUUUUCGAAAAUCUCGGUAAAUUAACGAAAUCAAAUUCUGAACACUCCCUAUCGCAGCCGUUAUUAAAUAAAAAUUCCGUAUUGGGUCUUUACGUUCGUCGAAUAAUUAUUCUAUUCGAAAGAUUGACAUUUUAUCAAAUUGUCCUGCUUUAUGAAUCGUUAAAGGAUUAUAUAAAGAGCAGUAUUAAUGAUGAGACCGAGAGUUCUGUGGGUUUAAAAACUGAUGAAUCGUUUUCUCGUAAAAAUAAGCACAUUUGGGGCGGAAGACAAGCCGAGUUACUUGUUGCACAGCAAGCCCACGCUUUGCAAACAGACGAGCACAAAGCCCUUCCACCUGCUGAACUUCAAGCUCUUGUUCGAGAAUUGUUAACUUGCAGUCCUUACUACGCUGAAGCUCACUAUUUGAGUUAUCUCAAUUGUUUACGAGUGAAUGAAUAUUGCGGUGCUUUGGAAAGUCUUUAUCAUUGUUUUGACAGACUGGCACCAUUGGAAAAUCGAUCAACAUCAGAGGACAGAUCUCGAACAUUUAGAUACGCUGCUUUGAAUCUUGCGGCUCUUCAUGCGCAAUUUAAUCACAAAGAUGUUGCACGUUCUGCAUUAAAAGAGGCAAUUAUGACGGCACAAGAAGCUGGCGACAAUGUUUGUCUUCAACUUGCACACGCUUGGAUGUAUCAUUUGACUGAUGAAAAAAAAGGUCCAUUAAUUGAAAGAUCCGUUGGUAAAGCGUGUAUGCUGGGAAUUUCGCACACAAUAAGUUUGGGUCUAAUUGCUUCUGCACAUAAUUCAGCAAUGGAGGGAGAGAAUCCUCAACAAGUUUUCGAGACUCUCAUGAAAUCGGAUAUUGUCAAUUGUCAACAUUCGAUGAUUGAUCUGAUGUCAAUGACUCUAACGGAAAAGGCCGCACUGUGGGCUUAUUACGGAAAAACGGAAAUGUCCUCAAUAUGCUCGCAACUCUUACUUUUGCACAAUACGGGAGAGAAGAAACAGCAAAUAUUCAACGGCCCUUCAACGUGUCAAGCUGUUGUCAAUAUUGCAAAUAUUCUCGUCGAGUUUGGAGAAUAUAAUUUAGCUAAUGUUGUACUGGAUCACGCCAAAGAAAGAUUUCCCAACGAACCCAGUAAUAAGGUUUGGAAAUUGAGCGAACAACUGUAUGAAUUUAAUCAGUUGUUGAAAAACGAAAAAUGGCGAGAAGCGGAGGCGAUAGCUACACAAAUUGUUAGUCUGGAUCCCCUAGAAAGUAAAUUUAGACAAGUUGAGGUUUGUCUAGCAAAAGGCGAUUAUCCAAACGGACUGAAAAUAGUAAAUAGCAUUGAAAAUAUGAAAGGUGUAACUCCACAAAAUCAAGUUCGAGCCAUGCUUCUCUCUAGUCAAAUAACUUGCGCCUCGAUACAUUUGGGAUCAAGUAUUGCCGGUUGCAAUUCUAUUGUUCUCUUAAAUAACGCCCUCGAAAUUGCCACGAAAAAUCAUUUAUCGUACUACGCAGCGCUCAUAAAAAUGCAUCUUGCAAAUAUACAGCUCUCGAUGGGAAUGCCAUAUCAAGCAUCAAAACUCGUUGAUGAGGCGAUCGUUCAAAUUCUAACACACGGUGGUUUUUAUGAUCAGGGAAGAGCUUUAGUGUUGCGUGCAAAAUGUUUGGUGGCCACAUCAUCGCCUUCAAAUCCAAAGCACAAUUCAGCAAUUUUAAAUGCCAUUAAAUCAUUGUCGAAAGCAAAAGCACAUUUUCAUAAAAUUGAAGCUUUCGGUCGGGUUAAAAGUACAUUGUACUUGCUCUCAAUUUUCUACAAUGAACUAGACAUGAAGAAGGAGAGAAAUCAAUGUGCUUUCGAAUUUCGUCAACUCGACGAACAAUAUUCCGCGAAGUUGAAUACAAUUUCUUUGUAUUGAUAUCUUUUUUAUACUUUUUUUUUCUUUUUGAGAACUGUACAUAGAUUUUUAAUCAUUCUUUUUAUAAAUAAAUUUUGCAUUUCAAAA